ACUCUGCCAAUAUAUAAUGGCAGUAAAUUAGAAGCUUCAAACGACAGGAGUGAGUGGCUGUCAGUGUGCUGAAUUCGGUAGAGGUGAUACCAACGUAAAGCACUUGCGUUGCUUUAUCAGAAUACCUGAAAGAAUUACGCAGGUACCGCAGAAAUCAAACGUGAGCUGGAAAUGGAUUUCAACUUUCGCAUUGCAAUCCUUCUGAUCGUUCUUUCGAGCGCGUAUUUCUCUUUCGUCGAACCUUCUGACAAAUGUCAUUGUUCCAAUUUGGUGAAUUCUGUGGAUAUCAGCCAGGUCACAAAGUUCUCCAUAAUCUACCGAACAGUCAAUUGUAAGAUGCUUGCAAUUCGAGUCAUGAUGAAGGGGAACAAAGAAGUUUGCCUUCAUUACAAAAAGCAAGAUGGAAAAUGGCUACAGCGAUGCCUAGACAGGAUGAAAGAGAAUCCAAACCAAUGGCAGAUAUGUCUUAACAUGAUUUCAAGAAAAGGUUUAUACACCAUCUUAUGAUCUUCGCAUGGAAAGACGUGUGAUGCAUUCCAUCCAUGCAACGUUCCACAGUUGGGUUUAAUGUAUGCAGAAAACCAAUCAGCUGCAGACUCAUAGAACUAGAUUUUGGGGGAUUAAAUUACACAUCAAUUGCAAAUUAUUUCUCAAUCCAAGUCUCACCACUAUGAAUUGCACUUCUUAAUCCUGUAGCAUGUAAAUAUGAUCACUUAUCAAUAACACUAAUACAAAUCAAUGUAUUAAUCAGUCGCAUUAAUAUACUGUGGUAAGUGUCUGCAUCUGAUUUAACUUCAGACACAAAGAUGAAUAAGAUCACUUCGAAUAUAAGGUGUUUUAGUCUGAAACAGCACAAAUUGGAACCUAAUGUCCAGAUUAAAGAUGGCUGUAAGAAUGCUCAUGAGGUGAAAUUCAUUACUUUAAAUUUACUAGGUUGGAUCAAUGCCUUGACAAUUACUUUGUGUACCUUUGGACUUCUGUGCAGUUCUUACAUGUUAAUAUAGAUUAUUUUAAAGCCAACUAGAAGUAAAGGUGGCACCAAUGGCUAUGUAUUGGCAAAUCAAACCCACAGCUUUGUCGAGCACAAGUCCAGUGUGUCAGACCGACUUAUUAAUUCCAGGCAACCAAAAUAUUACUCAGCAUUUAACGACACUGACUCACUGCUUAUUAUGUAGUCGAGACUCCCCUCAAUGAAUGUGUAUUGUAGUCUCGGCCUGGUAAAAUCAAGCAGAUCAGUUUGACCAGGCAAACAGCAGUUGCCCAGGAAUUGUUUGCUAUCACUCUGUAAUGACAUGUUUAAUAUUUUAUAAUUUCACAUUGUCCAAAAUGUAAACCCACUUCGGUAGCAAAGGAUUAAUUGGGCAACUACCAUCAUAAUAAUAAUUCCUGCAUUUGAUAUAGCGCCUUAUUACAUCUUUGAGACGUCUCAAAGCGCUUCACAGAAUAUACUGUAAAGUGAAUUGACUGUAUUUUUUAUGUAAAUGCACGGUGUAAGUUUCUGUUAAACACAGCUUUAUUGUGGAUUUGCUUGACAAAUCUUCCAAGAUUCAUCCACUUGCAAUAAAGGAAACAAUAUACUGUG